GAUGAUGAACGGACGCUUGCUGUUUGGUCUCUAGUACCGAGAAGUGUGUGAAUGAUAUUCACAAGAACAAGGCCAUCUGAACUCGGUAAUCGGUGAUGGUGGCAGAAUUGGUUGAUGGUCGUGGUACCCAGUGCAGGUGCCCGGUGAUUGGUUCCUGCAUCCGGUGAUCGUGUCUGCACACAUUGAUGGUAUUUGUACCGGGUAAACGGCUCGUGAGAUUCUCUCAACAGAGUUUUGUGACUGAUUCUUGUCGACUAUUAAAAAGUUUACUAGAAAUGGAAACUUUACUUGAUGCACAAAAACUGGCUACAGAAGUUGAAAGCACUCUUAUUAAAUAUUACUGCAGUGGUGACAGUGAAUGGAGAGUUGGAAAGAAAACAAAAGACGUAAUUGUUUGGAGGAAACCUUCAGAAAAAUUUGGAGGAUUUCUGUACAAAACUCAAGGGAUUGUAAAGGAACUUCCAAACAGGAUAGUGGAUUACAUUCGCCCUGGCCAAUAUAGGUUACUUUGGGACAGUCUAAUGACCUCGUUGGACAUUAUUGGUGAAUUUGAACAGCAGGGCUGCUGUUUGAUGCAUUACACUACAGCAGGACAGUUGUGGAAUCUCAUUGCACCAAGAGAGUUUAUCGACUUCUCAUAUACCACAGAUUACCAGAACGGACUACUGUCUUGUGGAGUCAGUGUUGAAUAUGGGAAGGAACAAACUAAUUUUGUUCGUGGAUUUAAUCACCCAUGUGGAUGGUUUUGCAUUCCUUUGAAGAAUGAACCUGACUGCAGCCUCUUGACUGGCUUUAUUCAGACUGAUUUACGAGGAAUGCUGCCUCAGGCUGCAGUGGACUCUGCAAUGUCAAAUUCAUUAGUCAACUUCUACAAUGAACUCCGGAAUGCUUUGAAAACUUAGAUUUAAAUGAAAAUAAUAAUUAUUUUUGUAUAUAAUUUCUUGACAUAAAUUCCUUUGUACUGUGCUGCAGAGCUCAGUUGAUAAGUGCAAUAUGUGGCCAUACUUAGUAUUUCAGCAUUUAAUGUACUUUUUUAAUGUGUAAAAGCAAUAUUACAAUAUCAAUUAUAAUGAGAUUAGUAACUUUUUAGAUAUUCAAUUUAAAUUCUGAUCAUCAUGAUGUACUUAAUAUAUUUCAACUUACAUUAUUUGAAAUUCAAAGAGUAAAAUAUUGUAAUUCAACAAA